AGGCGCUUUGUAAUACGGGUGGGGGAAAAAAUAAGAGAAAGGGAAAGCGAGCCAUAUCCCGGCGCAUAUUUUGUGAUCCGGAAGCACACAUACGACAAGUUGGACCGACAGCACGGUUUCGGGUAAACGCUUGGGAUUAUAUUGAAUGUCCGAAACCCCUUGGAUGUGUAAUGUAGACCGUUAAUAUGAUCAUAGGUGCCGUUCAUGCCGGAGUGUGAAUAAAGACUUUCUGAGAGCUGUUUUUCUGAGAUGCUACGAUGAAGGUGAUCAUUUUGAUGUUUAUAUUAGCACCAUGUUGGGUGAAAUGUGCACUGAAUCCCAGAUCGGUGGAGAAGGAGCUGAGAAAACAGGAAGCGGAUGGAGAGUUUGAGAGCCUCAGCUCAAUCUUGGCAGACUUUGAGGUGCUUCCUGCUUCUAGCCUCCAGCAGCAUUCCUUAAGGAAGAGAGACGUUGACUCGCCGUCACACGUCGAACGUCUAGUCAGCUUCACCGCACUGAAGAGGCAUUUCAAGUUGUACCUGACCACCAACACCGAGCUUUUCACAGACAGCUUCAAAGCAGUGUUUAUAGAUGAUCAAGGAAAGGAGAAGAAUUACGAAGUCGAAUUGCAAAAUUACUUCCGAGGACAUGUAGUAGGUGAGGAGCAUUCACGGGUGCAGGCCCACAUAGAUGGAGAUGAAUUUUCAGCGCAUAUCCUUACUGAUGAAGCCGAGUACAACGUGGAGCCCAUAUGGAGGUUCACAGAGAAGGCGCCAGACAACCGCCUGCUGGUGUAUCGCUCCGAGGACAUCAAGAACAUUAGCCGACUGGCAUCCCCAAAAGUAUGUGGUUACGUCAAUGCUGAGGCUUCACAGUUUCUUCCAGAGGAGCCCAAAACAGCAGCACAGUCACAGAAGGAUGGUGAAGCAGGUCGGAGAGUUCGAAGACAGGCUCACAACCACAAGAAGAACACCUGCACGCUGCUACUGGUGGCCGACUACCGCUUCUACAAGCACAUGGGCCGUGAAGAGGAAAGCACCACACUGAACUACCUGAUUGAACUGAUUGACCGAGUGGAUGACAUCUACAGGAACACUUCAUGGGACGAUGAGUUCAAAGGCUACGGUGUACAGAUUCAUCAGAUCAUCAUAAACAAGUAUCCAACUAAGGUGUCUGAAGGACAGCUCCACUAUAACAUGGAAGGCAGCCCACGACCAAAAGACAACCAAGUGUGGGAUGUCAAGAAGCUUCUAGAACAAUUCAGUUCAGAUAUAGCGGAUAACGCUUCAGCUGUGUGCCUGGCUCACCUCUUCACUUAUCAGGACUUCGACGAAGGCACUCUCGGACUCGCAUAUGUAGCUUCCUCCAGAGACCAGGCCUUGGGAGGACUCUGCUCAAAACCUUACUAUCCGGUCCCUUCAGUGAGGAAAGCCAGCUACCUGAACACUGGUUUAACCAGCACUAAGAACUAUGGCAAGACCAUUCUUACCAAGGAAGCAGACCUGGUGACCACUCACGAGCUUGGACACAACUUCGGAGCAGAGCACGACCCAGACAACAUUGCCUACUGUGCUCCAAGUGAUGACCAAGGUGGCAAGUUUGUAAUGUACCCCAUCGCCGUGAGUGGAGACCAUCCAAACAACAAGCGGUUCUCAAACUGCAGUAAAGCAUCAGUGAGCAGGACUCUGAGGGUCAAGGCUCCACAGUGCUUCAAGGUACGCUCCAUGAAUUUGUGUGGCAACUCUCGUGUGGAGGAAGGGGAGGAGUGUGACCCCGGACUCCUCCAUCGCAAUGAUGACCCCUGCUGUACAGCUGACUGCAAGCUGAAAAAGCGCAUGCAGUGCAGUGACAGGAACAGUCCAUGUUGCCACGGAUGCAAAUUCCAAGAAGCCAAUAAGAUCUGUCAGGAGUCCAUCAACGCAACGUGUAAAGCCAGCUCAUCGUGCACGGGCAAAAGCAGUGACUGUCCAGCUCCUGGAAAUCUGCCUGAUCAAACAGAGUGUGUGGAUAGAGGCCAGUGUCGCAGUGGCGAGUGUGUUCCUUUUUGCGAAGUUAAAAUGAGUCUUCGCCCCUGCGCAUGCAACGAAACGGACAGCUCGUGUAAAGUGUGCUGUAGGGACAAAAACGGACUCUGCACCCCUUUUCAGGAUGAUGGUGGAGAUUAUCUGUAUCUGAGGAAGGGAAAACCCUGCACUGUGGGCUUCUGCGAUGGCAACGGUAAAUGCAUGAAGCAGGUACAAGACGUUGUGGAGAGGUUGUGGGACUUUAUUGACAAGCUGGACAUCAACACGUUUGGGAAGUUCCUGGCUGACAAUAUAGUGGGCUCUGUGGUGGUCUUCUCUCUCCUUUUCUGGAUUCCUCUGAGCAUACUGGUGCACUGUGUGGACAAGAAGCUGGACAGACAGUACGAGGAGACCUCCAAAUCUCUCAUAUAUCCCAGCAAUAUGGAGAUGCUGGGCAGUGCUGAAGGAGCUCCCAUGCGCAUCAUCAAAGCGCCCUUUCUUCCUCCUCCUGCUCCUUCUGUUUCAGCAGCGCGAGCCGUGCAGGGACACUCCAGCGGCAGCAGCACCUCUCCGCCCGCAACGUCCUCUUCCGAGCCCAGAGCGGAUCCUCAACGUAUGGCCACCAUCGAGGAGGACUCCAGCGGCGACUCUCCACCAGGGACAGCCUUCCCCCCGAGCUCUGCGCCAGCCAAGUCGUUCGAGGACCUCACCGAACAUUCGCCAGUAAACCGCCAGAACCGGCGACUGCAGAGACAAGCGCGCAUCGAGAGCAAAGAGACGGAGUGCUGAAAGACUCGCGCGUUCGCCCCGUCGCAUUCACACCUCACACUCACUCCACUGCAGGUAUGCACUUUGGUACACGACAAACAAAUGAGCCUUUAUGUAGAUUCGGGGUUAUUUUUGCUGGGACAAUCGGUAUACUGUAGUUGGAUAUUAAAAGGUCGCCCCCUGUUGCCUGUAAAGAGAAACACAUUUCAAUGAUUUCGUCUUUCCUCGAUUUAAUCCCCCCCUCCGUGUUAAAACGUAUAGGUUGUGUUUUCGACAAUAGGAGCUGUGCCGAGAAGCACUUCUUUGGAUAAACAUGUUUGAAGGGCAAGAAAACCAGAAGCCUUUACCGAGGAAAAGUAAUCUAUUGCCUAUUCUAAUCCGAUCUAUUGCCCAGCUUUCAUACUGCUUAUUACAGCUCUAGAAACACUGCACUUUUAAAGGUAAUUAAAAUGUGCCUUGUGAUCAGGGAUCAGUGGAGGUUUUCUUUGUAAAGGAUCACAUCCAAUAUUUGAGUUAAAGGUCAGUCUUGCUGUCAUUUUCCGCUCCCAGGAAUCUCGACCUAGACUCGGCUCUGCGUCCAAUUUCAGUGCGCUUCUGUACUACUGCUCAUCACGUUGUCAAACAGAUGAUUAAACUGGAAUGUUCCUCCGCAUAAUCUGCCCUUCCUACUUCUGCUCUGCCGUAGAAGUUCUACUACAUUUGAGGUUUUCUAUUUUGUAAAACUGUUCGGAGAUUUGAACUGGAAAACUCGAUAAUAUAUCAAAAACACUGAAUUCUAAUUUAAACGCACACGUGUGAGCCUGUGGAAACAUAUCAGUAGGAGAAGUCUUCAAAUGUGUGUUUUUGUUUUUUUAUUUAGGCAGUGAAUACUGUAUGUGCUGUUUAGAUUUCACUAUCGUAUUUAUGAUUUAAGCAUUACAGAUGUGAAUCUUUAUACGUUUAUUUUUCUUGUUCGAAACCGUUGCGUUAGCCGAACACGUGCGCUGUGUAUUUCACGUGUACGUACGUCGUGCCUUUCUGACUCCAUUUUAUAUGCGAUUCUCUUAUGUAUGAAAAUACGAUUUCCCAUUUACACUUUUUUUGUUACGUAAGUGUUGUAAUUGAUGGCUUGGUGAUGCCCCAGGUCAUAUUUAACAUUUUACUGUGCCAUAAACCCAUAAAAUACAGUUUUUUAUGGUGUUUGAAAUACUAUAUAAUGCCAUUUGGUAAACCAGGAAGUUUAAAAUGUCAUAUUUUGGUUGAAAUGUUUCAGGUUGUAUUAAGUGCUAUAGUACGAUGCAUUUAUCUUCUAGAUGUAUAUAUCUUUAUUUACUUACACUGUAUGGACUCGCAAGAAUAAACUCUUACCACUACA